CACUUCGCUUCGAGUAGCCCGUGAAGGAAGAGAGAGGAGCGGGUGUGAUCAAGAUAGAAAUCCAUCUGAUGAAUGUAACUUCUUAGAGUUACACUAAAGGGGGAAAAGAUAACCAAGAUCAACUGAAGACUCAGGUGGGUUUAAACCACCUGUAAAACCUCCUGCUGAUGGCAAGAAGACAGCGUUAUGCGUGAUUUUAACAUGCCUGGAGAGUUUGUGCGUAAACGUGCGCGCUUCUCCGUGGCUCGCCAAGCUCUCUUCCCAUCCUGUCCUCAUCCUCAUCUUCCUCGGGUCUGAGCAGCAGCAGCAACAGCAGCAGCGGCGGUCGAUCCUUCAGACCAGCUGAAAAUGGCUCCACUCCGGAGGAGCUCCACUCUGCGACUGACAGGGUUAUUGUGCCUUUCAUUUCUCGUUUUCUUCUCUCGUGGCUUCGCGAGUCAUGAUGUUGUUUCAGAAAAAUCAUCCGGAACGAUACAAGAGGAUUCCCACAGCCAAGCAAACUCCACGGCUCAUAAAAAGACUUUCCCCGUCCUCUCCUUCAACUAUGAACAUGUUAGGACGCCCUUUGAGAUCUCUCUGUGGAUCCUCCUGGCCCUGUUCAUGAAACUUGGUUUUCACAUCAUCCCCACUGUGUCUCACAUCGUGCCGGAGAGUUGUCUGCUGAUCUUUGUUGGCCUGCUGGUGGGUGGCAUCAUCAAAGCGACUGGAGAACAACCCCCCGUCCUUGACUCCAAUCUCUUCUUCCUGUACCUGCUGCCUCCUAUCAUCCUGGAUGCGGGCUACUUCCUGCCCAUGCGCUCCUUCACCGAGAACAUUGGCACCAUCCUGAUGUUUGCAGUGGUGGGGACACUGUGGAACGUCUUUUUCAUCGGUGGGAUGAUGUACGCCGUCUGUCAGAUUGAUGCGGCCGAGCUGGCUCACGUAGACCUGCUGUCCUGCCUGCUGUUUGGCUCCAUCAUCUCGGCCGUGGACCCCGUGUCCGUGCUGGCCGUGUUCGAGGAGAUCCACAUUAAUGAGCUGCUGCACAUCCUCGUGUUCGGGGAGUCGCUCCUCAAUGAUGCCGUCACUGUGGUCCUGUAUCACCUGUUUAAGGAAUUUGCUCACGAGCAGACGAUUACCGUGACCGGCGCCAUCCUCGGCGUCAUCUCUUUCUUCGUGGUUUCCCUGGGAGGUGUCAUGGUGGGCGUCAUCUACGGCAUCGUGGGAGCUUUUACGUCCCGCUUCACCUCAUACUCGCGCGUCAUCGAGCCGCUGUUCGUCUUCCUCUACAGCUACAUGGCUUACCUCUCAGCGGAGAUCUUUCACCUGUCAGGGAUCAUGUCUUUGAUUGCUUGUGGCGUGAUUAUGCGGCCAUAUGUUGAGGCCAACAUCUCCCACAAGUCUUACACUACCGUCAAAUACUUCCUGAAGAUGUGGAGCAGUGUGAGCGACACACUCAUCUUCAUUUUCCUCGGGGUUUCCACAGUGGCAGGUCCUCACACCUGGAACUGGAUCUUUGUCAUCUUCACGGUGAUCUUCUGUCUGGUCUCCAGAGUGCUGGGAGUCAUCGGGCUUACGGCCUUCAUCAAUAAAUUCCGUAUUGUGAAACUGACCAAAAAGGACCAGUUCAUUAUUGCCUACGGUGGCCUGCGAGGUGCCAUAGCCUUCUCACUGGGUUUCCUGCUGGACAAUGAUGAAAUCAAGAACUUGUUCCUUACUGCCAUCAUCACCGUCAUCUUCUUCACUGUCUUCGUGCAGGGAAUGACGAUCAGGCCCCUGGUGGAGCUCCUAGCUGUGAAGAAAAAGAAAGAGAGCAAAGAAUCAAUUAACGAGGAGAUCCACACACAGUUCCUGGAUCAUCUCCUCACAGGAAUUGAAGACAUCUGUGGUCAUUAUGGACAUCAUCACUGGAAGGACAAGCUGAAUCGCUUCAAUAAGACCUAUGUGAAGAGAUGGCUGAUCGCAGGAGAACGCUCGACCGAGCCUCAGCUCAUCUCCUUCUACAAUAAGAUGGAGCUGAAACAGGCGAUGAUGAUGGUGGAGAGCGGGAGCGCUGCCAAGCUGCCCACGAUUGUGUCGACCGUCUCCAUCCGAAACGUUCCGACCAAAGGGGCGCCCAAACCGAGCCGAGCCAUCUCAAAGAGUCGUGAGGAGGAGAUCAGAAGGCUCCUGCGAGCCAACCUGCAGAAAACCCGACAGAGGCUUCGCUCGUACAGCAGAUAUGAGCUGCUAAACGACCCGCUCGAGGACAAUAUAAGCGAGGCUCGCUUCAGGAAGCAGAGGGAGAUGGAGAGAAGGAUGAGUCACUACCUCACGGUCCCUGCAAACCGCCAGGAGACGCCCCCUGUGAGAAAAGUAUUUUUUCAACCAGAGCACAAAGUGUACACCUACGAUGACAGCGAGAGUCCCCGAGGCCGGGCUUCUCCCAGCUGUGCUGAUGAUGUCAGCGAGCUGAAGGAGACCCCCGAGAAGCCUGAUCAGAGCAGCACGCCGAGGGCCAACAGGGACGCCGAGCUGAAGCCAAAAGAGCAGGACGACCAAGGGGAUCAGCUGAAAGUAUCACGCUGCCUCAGUGACCCCGGUCCAAACCCGGAGGAUGACGAGGACAGCACCUUCCUGCCAUGAGUGAAGCACAUUUUACAGGAGAGGCCUGAAGACAAAAGAGCUUUAGCAAAGCUUGAUAUUUAUCAUUUAAAUUGUUGUAUAUUUGUGAUGUAAGAUUAUGCAAUCUUUGUUCCAUACGUUCAUAACAUGUUUUUUUAUCAUGCAACAUGCAGAAUUGCCAAAGCGUGCUGCAGAGGACAUUUCUUAUUUGAAGUUUUUAUACCCGCCUGAAGUUUCAGCAUUUUGAAUUUUAACAUGCGCCUCAAGCCAAAGCAUUUGUUUCAAUGAGCUUGAAGCACCAGACGGGUGGAGUCUCCUGCCUGAAAGCACAGAUAAGAAACAUAAUGAGGUAAAGCCCAGCUGAUAAACAGCGUUGGCUGUCAGUGUUUGUCUGUCUGUGGUAUUUAUCACAGACUGAAACAUCUAAACAACCUUUAGAUGGGUUGCCAUGACGUUUUGUUCAUCUAUGGUGCCCAGAGGUUGAAUCCUCACAACUUAAAGCCUUCAUAAACUUCUCCUCUGGCACCACCAUGAGAUUGACUUUUUUUAUUGUAGUUGUUUUAACUAAAAUAUCUCUUCAGCUAUUGGAUGGAUUACCAUAAAGUAAUGACAGGGGAAAUAGAGCUCACAUUUUUCCCAUAUUGACUUCCCUUCAUGGGCUCCCUGUUGAAUCCAGAACUGGAUUUAAAAUAUUUCUCUUCACAUACAGUUCCCAAAAUAAGACCUCAUAGUAUCAUAUUAUCUUCUCAGAGCUCAUUGCUCUCAAACUGCAGGAUUACUUGUGGUUUCUAGAAGUAGAAUCAGAAGCUUAGAUUGGAUUAGACUCAACUUUCCUGAUAGAGCUUAUAGUUAGGGCUGGAUCAGGUGAGGCUGAACCAGCUCUUAGAUAUGCUGCUAUAGAGUCAGGCUGCUGGGGGUCUUCCCAUGAUGCACUGAGCACUUCUUUUUCACUCACCUCAUGUCACUCCACAUGUGUUUAGAAACCAUUGUUGCAUGUCAUUUUCUCUUCCACAGUUUGUGUUUUGUCCAGUCGCACCGUGCAGAUAGCUGCACCUCCCUGAACCUGGUUCACGUGGAGUUUCUCCUCCUGACUGCUGAUCAAUGUGAGAGCAGCACUUAUUAUAAAAACAAGCUAUAUCCAAACAUGAGACUGAAGUAAAACAUCCAAAACUAAUGUUUUCAUGACUUAGUCAGUAUUUUCAGUGUACAUUCAAACUCGCACAUAUAGACUGUUUUGAUUUCAAUCAAACAGGAUGAUUAAACAUACUCCAUAAUAAUCUAUAUAAAGACCCACAUUAACCUCUCUUUAAGUCUAAAGGAAGUAUUCUGAAAGUGUUUACCUGAGCUAUAGCUUUGAGUUUUAAUAAGCCUAAGGCAAAAGUCCAAAAAGAGAUCCCUAUCGCGAUCACCUUGCUAAAAAAUAAUUGCCCAGCUACAGAGGGCAUUAUUUCUUGCUUUAUUAUUUCACAUCUUCAUGAUUCAAACAGGUUAUCUAAAUCUAGAGAUAAUUUUAGUUCUACGUUAAUCUUUCCUGCUAUGUAACACCAACAUGACCACAAAAGGAAGACGAGUGCACUUUAUCGAAACGUUUUCACACGUUGAAAGCUGCACGGUCAGCCAGAUCUGUUCUGCUCUACAUGCAUCAAGCUAGACGCUAUAAUCAGGUUUAUUAUGUGGCACAGUGUGUGGCCUUAAAAGUUCCGCUUUGACAUAUCUUGGCAAAAUUUCUCUAAUUGAGAAAAACAGCUAUCAAAACAGAUUCUUUUGCUUUAAAAAAAACAAUCUGUAUUGUUCCCGAGUCACACUCACAUCAGCCUUUACAAAAUUCCUGCAUCAGAUGCAUAAAUGUUGUAUUGUAAAUAUGUUCGCACUGCUUGAAGUUUCAUGUUGUUAAAGAAAAGACCGAUCUGGUGAUCAAGGGCCUUUAACGAGCUUAAAACUAAAAAAUGAGCUGCAGAUAUUUGUGGACAAGCUUAGCGCUGUGUUUAUCUCCACAGCUGUCGCUGCAUGCCUGAUCAGUGUUUUCUCAGGGAGUUCGACAGACGCUGUGUUUGUAUGACUAAUACGUGCUCCACAGUUGACAAUGUGGCUUUUUUUGUACGCUAAAGUGUUUUCAGCUCUUGUCAAACCGAACAAGGUGUUGGUGAUGUUUCCAUGUUUUGUAAACAAAGCUCUUUUUGUGUGUGUGUUCCUGUUAACUGAGCAUGCUCCAAGACCUGUCAGUGUUUAAGAGACUGGACUGCCUGAGCUUUUGCUGCCUGCACACAUUUGCCUUAAAAGUGUUUUUGCUUUUUGUGCUUUUACCAGAUGUAAUGUUCUUUAUAUUACAUAUUGUUAUAUGUAUAUUUUGCAAAAAUAAAAAAUGUUGAAAUCA